UCUGUAUAUGAUUUUGUUAAUCAUGACAUGAUAAAACAGCAUCCUACCUAGUACCUACCAUGUUCUCAGUUAAUGUCUCCUCACUCUUCUUCUAUCACACUAUUCUGCUACUACUCUUCUCUCAAAAUCAAAACUUUUCCCUAAUCAUUUGCUUGCCACACUGCAUUCCACCCUACUAAGCCCCUUUUUCAGAUUUAUGACCUCAUCUUCUCAGAACCAUUCGUUUUCUAACAGCAGAAACUUACUGGGGUUCCCUUGUUCCUUCUGAAUUUGUUCUUCUACUUGCUUUGGUUAGCAUUGUUACUUAAGUUGCUACGCGUAUAUGCUUCAUUACCCAACUUUACUUCUUGUGAAUUAAGAGGUAAGAAUGCAUCAUUGUUUGAAUAACAUGCUCUAAAAUUACUCUUUUGCCUUCAAUUUUUUGUUGUACACUUGCGGAUUGCCCCUUUGGUCUCACUUCCAUUGUGUUACUUUCCCCCAUAUAAUCAUUUGUAUUUGUGUUGUUGAUUGAUGCUUGGAUUAGGAGCUACUAGGAAAGGCAUGCAGGCUAUCUGGUUCAUGCUAUUGUUGUUGGUGGCUAUUGCAUUAGGGAAUUCAGAUAUUGAUUCACUCCUUGAAUUCAAGAAGAGUAUUCAGAAUGACCCUUCUGGAUUAGUAGUUAAUUCUUGGGAUUCCAGGUCUUUAGAUUCCGAUGGUUGUCCUAAGAACUGGCAUGGGAUAGUGUGUAGUGAAGGCAGUGUUAUAUCUAUCACUCUGGACAAUGCUGGUUUGGUUGGUGAGUUUAAUUUCCUUGCAAUUAGUGGCCUUACAAUGCUUCGCAAUUUGUCUGCUGUGAACAACCAUUUCACAGGAGAUCUCUUAUAUAUUGCUACAAUUGAAUCACUUGAAUAUGCUGAUUUGUCCCUCAACAAGUUUAAUGGCCCGUUACUCUCUAACUUCACUCAGUUGCGCAAGUUAAUAUAUCUGAAUCUUUCUUCAAAUGAACUUGGAGGUACUCUUCCUAUUGAGUUUCACAAACUUGAGCAGUUGAAGUAUUUAGAUUUGCACAUGAAUAAUUUCUCUGGGGAUAUUAUGCAUAUAUUUUAUCAGAUGGGCAGUGUGCUAUAUAUUGACUUAAGCUGCAACAGGAUUUCUGGUACACCGGAUUUGGGACUAGCAGAUGAGUCAUUUCUCUCUUCAAUUCAGUAUUUAAAUAUUAGCCAUAAUUCCUUGAGUGGUGAGUUAUUUGCUCAUGAUGGUAUGCCUUACCUUGACAAUUUAGAGGUCUUUGAUGCUAGUAAUAAUCAGUUAGAGGGUAAUCUACCUUCCUUCACGUUUGUGGUAUCCCUUCGGAUUCUUCGCCUUGCAUGCAACCAGUUGACUGGUUUACUGCCCGAAGCUCUGUUGAAGGAAAGUUCAAUGAUGUUGUCUGAACUGGAUCUUAGUCAAAACAAGCUUGAAGGUCCCAUUGGAAUUAUUACCUCGGUGACUCUGCAGAAGCUUAAUUUAUCUUCAAACAAAUUGUAUGGCCCCUUACCUCUCAGGGUAGGCCACUGUUCCAUCAUAGAUUUGAGUAAUAACACACUAUCAGGUAAUUUCUCAAGGAUCCGGUAUUGGGGUAACUAUGUGGAAGUUGUUCAGCUAAGUACCAACUCAUUGGGAGGAAUGCUACCAAAUGAAACUUCUCAAUUUUUAAGGUUAACUGCACUUAAGGUAUCCAGUAACUCAUUGGAGGGAUUUCUCCCACCAAUUUUGGGAACAUAUCCAGAACUAGAAGAGAUUGAUCUUAGCCUCAACCAGCUUUCUGGGUUUGUCCUACCAAGCUUUUUCACCUCAACCAAAUUGAUUAAUCUUAAUCUCUCCAACAAUAAAUUUUCUGGAUCAAUUCCUAUUCAAUUUCAACCUCCAAAUAAUCCAUUAGUUUCUGCUGAAAAUUUUAGUCUGGUGUUUCUUGAUCUUUCACACAACAACUUGAGUGGGACUCUUCCUUCAAAUAUGAGUAGGCUUCACAAUUUGGCAUAUCUCAAUCUAUGCAACAACCAAUUGGAAGGUACUAUUCCCGAUGACCUUCCAGAUGAGUUGAGAGUAUUGAAUGUGUCCUUUAAUAAUCUUUCUGGUGUUGUGCCAGAAAGCUUAAAGCAGUUUCCUGACUCAGCAUUUCAUCCAGGAAAUACUAUGCUGGUAUUUCCACAUUCGCAAUCAUCACCAAAAGAUACUUCCAACCUAGGUUUGAGGGAACAUCGGUUACAUAAAAAGUCUGCAACUAGGAUUGCCCUGAUUGCAUGUUUGGUUGCUGGUGGUUUUGUGAUGGCUUUUGUGGCUAUAAUAAUUUAUUAUAAGGCCCAUCAUGAAAAAGAAAGGACUUCUAAACAAAAUGAAGCAAUGAGCAUCACCCAAGAGAGUACUUUCACCUCAAAUACAGAGGCACCUGAUAGAAAUUUGGGAGCAUUACCGCCUGCUCAAAGGGGGUCUUCUGAUGAUGCAAGGAACAUUCAUCCAGUGGGAAAGAAGCCAAUAGAUCCUGGCCCUUUUGAAUUAGGUAAGAAUGAGGAAGGAACAUCUACCCCAAUGUCUAUUUUGUCACCUUCAAAUCCUUCAUCUUCAAAAAGCUAUCAGUUUGAGAAUCCUGGUUCCCUCAAAGUCUCCUCUCCAGAUAAAUUAGUUGGAGACUUGCAUAUAUUUGAUGGAUCCUUGGUGCUAACUGUGGAAGAACUUUCAUGUGCUCCAGCAGAAGUUAUUGGCAGGAGCUGUCAUGGAACACUCUACAAAGCUACACUUGACUCAGGUCACGAAUUGGCUAUCAAAUGGUUAAGAGAAGGAAUAACUAAAGGAAAAAAGGAGUUGGCAAGGGAAAUAAAGAAACUUGGGACUAUCAAGCAUCCAAAUCUGGUUUCUGUUCAAGGUUACUACUUGGGGCCAAAGGAACAUGAGAAACUGAUUAUAUCAAAUUACAUGAAUGCACAAUCUUUGGACAUUUAUCUCCAGGUUGUUUCAAUUUUUUUUGCAGAGGCAGAUAAAAGAAAUCUCCAUCCUUUGUCUCUUGAUGAAAGGCUCAGGGUGGCUGUAGAGGUGGCGCGAUGUCUGCAUUUCUUACACGAUGAGAAAGCCAUACCUCAUGGAAAUCUCAAAUCCACAAACAUUUUGCUAGAAACUCCCAACAGAAAUGUCCUCCUCACUGACUACAGCCUGCACAGAAUACUCACUGCUGCUGGUACUGCUGAGCAACUUCUGAAUGCCGGCGCACUCGGUUAUCGGCCUCCUGAGUUUUCUAGAUCAAGCAAGCCAUGCCCUUCCCUGACAAGUGAUGUCUAUGCAUUUGGAGUGGUCUUGUUAGAGCUCCUAACAGGAAGAAAUUCUGGAGAAAUAGUUUCUGGGAUUCCAGGGGUGGUUGACCUCACUGACUGGGUGAGGUUCUUAGCCGAACAAGACCGUUCAAACCAGUGCUUUGAUAGGUCUAUAAUGGACAGGCACAAUGGGGAAAGACAAUCUAAAAUUCUUGAUGAAAUGCUAAAGGUGGCUCUUAGAUGCAUCCUUCCAGCAUCUGAUAGACCUGACAUGAAAACUGUCUUUGGUGAUCUCUCAACAAUAAGGUAGAGUUGCUGAUCAUAUCAUAUAGCCUUAACCACUAACAUCAUCAUCAUCUAUAGUUGUUUUUGUUUAAGUUGCUUUUCAAAUUUGUUGAAUUUUGGUCUGGAUAUGAAAUGAAAUUCUUUGUCAAAGGACAUUCAUUCUUUUUAACCCUUCAAUGGGCAGGUUGUAUAUUCAUGAAUUUUGCAGUAUUGUUCAGUGUAAUAAUUGAUAUUGCUAGACGUUCGUUUUGCCAUCACUGCAAUCAAUGGAAUAAUGCUAUGAUCCAAA